AUGUGCUGUUCAUAAUAAAGUGUUAUUAUUAUUUUUAUUUUAAUAUUGAUUGUUAAUGGACAAUCAAAUUUUGACAAAAAUACAUUUAGUUAAAAACAUUAGCAUCACUAAAAAUUUGAACAAUUCAAAAAAAGUUUUUCUAAGGCUUAUGAAAGUGAAGAAGUUCAGUAAUUCAGAUUUGCUACUUUUGUUGAAAAUCUUAAUGAAAUUGACAGGCUAAAUGCAGAAGUAACCACUGCUUAAUUUGACAUUUCUUUUUUUAGUGAUUAUACAAAAGAAGAAUUCUUGAAUUUGUUCACUGGAGCACAUAAACUUGCUAUCUCUGAUUAAGAUUAAUCAUAAAAUAAUGAUAACUAAAACAAUUAAAAUACUUAAUCAAAUAAUUAAACAUCAUAAGACAAUUAAAACGUAAAUUAAUAAAAAUAAACAAAGGCUUCUAAUCCUACUACUUGGGAUAUUAGAGUAAAUGGUCCUGGUAAAUUAUAAGAAAUCAAAAAUUAAGGCGGAUGUGGAAGUUGUUGGGCAUUUUCUACUUCUGUUGCAGUAGAGAGUUAUUAUUCAGCUAAAAAAAAUAUUACAGUGAGUCUCUCUGAAUAACAGCAAGUAGAUUGCGUUUAUGAUCGCGAUGGAUGUUAGGGCGGAUGGUUUACUGACUCUUUUGAUUAUGCUAAACUCACUGGACUUAUGACAGAAUCUGCUUAUCCUUAUUAAGGAGCAUAUGGAUCUUCAUGCUAAUUCUCUAAUAAAACAUCUAUAUAUAAAAUAAAAAGUUAUUAAAAUCUCCAAAAGAACAAUUCUGUAAUACAAAAAGCUGUAAUGUAGAAUGGUGCUGUUUCGGUAGCAGUAGACGGUACUUAUUGGGCCCACUAUAAAUCUGGUAUUUUUACUUAAAAAUAAAAACCUUAAUUAAACCAUGCUGUUGCUAUUGUAGGAUGGGGAAGUGGCUAUUGGUUGCUUAGAAACAGCUGGGGUACUUCAUGGGGAGAUUAAGGUUACAUAAAAGUAUCUAGCACAGGUAAUGGUGGAAUAUUUACUUAAUAUGCAUAUUAACCAAAUUGA